AGGAGGGAGGGAGGGAGGGGAGCUGGACACCGAGAGAACCGGUGGCACAUUGCAUUUUCGCUCGAGGAUGUACUCUCUCCGCCGGCUAAGCGGAUAGAGCGACGCAGACGAGGACCCGGACUUUGCUUUUCUUAGUGCCGCCGCCGUUCCUGCGCGUGGGUCGGGAAGGAGAGGCUGCGCGAGCGGGAAUCACCUGCCAGGGACGACUUUAUCAUCUCCGCAGCUUUAAUGAAGACGCAGACCUGGUAACACCCUCGCAGAAGGGACCCUCUCCAACCAGUAUGGGGUCACCAUGGAAACCAUUUCUCCUCCUGUCUGUCAUCAGUGGCCUUUCAGACUUUGCAAGAGCCGUCGCAGCACGGCCCAUAUCAUACGCCGCUGUGCUACGAAUGAAAGCGGACAGCUCGUCAGGACUCGACUCGCGCAGCAGACCGCGACAACACCACGGCGGCGGGCUGGUGACUCCUGACUGGCCGGCUUUCUCCAGUCAUCCCCUGUCAGCCCUGAGUCUGCUCAGCUCUCAGGAGGACUACCGCAGUGAAGAAAGCGAAGACUUUGGGCCUGUUUUCAUUCGCGAGCCAGACGACAUUAUUUUUCCUUUGGACUCCGAUGAAAGGAAAGUGGUGAUGCACUGUGAGGCACGGGGGAAUCCACCACCCACAUACAGUUGGUACAUCAAUGGGACAGAAGUGGACGGAGAGGCAGACUACCGCUACAGCUUCGUUGAAGGAAACUUAAUUAUCACCAACGCAAGUGAGAGCACGGACUAUGGGAAGUACCGGUGCAAAGCAGAGAACGGCCUUGGGAGCGUCCUAGGGCGAGAAGCUCUCCUCCAGUUCGCAUAUCUCAGCGCGUUCAGCGGGAAGACGAGAGGCGGCGUUUCUGUGCGUGAAGGCCAAGGUGUGGUGCUCAUGUGUACCCCUCCGCCUCAUUCCCCAGAGAUCAUCUACAGCUGGGUGUUUAAUGAGUUCCCCUCAUUCGUGGCCGAGGACAGUCGUCGCUUCAUCUCCCAGGACACAGGAAACCUGUACAUCUCCAAGGUGCAGCCCUCUGACGUCGGAAGCUACAUCUGCCUGGUGAAGAACACGGUGACGAAUGCGAGGGUCCUGAGCCCUCCGACCCCGCUGACACUCAAAACAGAUGGUGUCAUGGGUGAAUAUGAGCCCAAAAUUGAAGUGCAUUUUGCGACAUCUGUUCUUGCUGCCAGAGGAGUCCCUGUCAGACUGGAGUGCUUCGCUCUGGGGAACCCAGUGCCAACAAUCACAUGGAGGAAGAUCAACGGCAAUAUCCCCAAAAAAGCAAGACUUCGGAAGUCUCAGGCUGUGCUGGAAAUUCCCAACAUUCAACUAGAGGACUCUGGAAUCUACGAAUGCAAGGCAGAGAAUCCCAGAGGAGGCACUGCCUUCAAGGGACACCUGCAGGUCUACACCCUCCCUCAGUGGGUCAGAAUGAUUAAUGACACCCAGAUGGAUAGCGGGGAGAAGCUCCAGUGGGAGUGCAAGGCCAUGGGGAGGCCCCGGCCCACCUAUCACUGGCUUCUUAAUGGGUUGCCCUUGACAUCCCAGGGUCGAGUUGAAAUAGUGAACGGAGAGCUGACCAUUCACAGAGUGCAGCAGGCGGACUCAGGAAUGUACCAGUGUGUCGCAGGAAAUAAAUACGGGGCCCUCUACUCUAACGCCGAACUCAAGAUUUUAGCGUCGGCUCCCGUCUUCGUCCACAAUCCCAUACGGGUCAUUGCCACGCUGGGAAAGGACGUGUCGCUGGAGUGCAAACCCAGAGCGUCGCCCAAACCGCGAAUAACGUGGAAGAGAGCAGACCGAAGGAUACAGCAAAGCAGAAGGUUUAUGUUGCUACGGAACAAUACUCUGAGGAUUGUCAACUCCAGCCGAGCAGAUGAGGGGAGCUACGUGUGCAGGGCAGAGAAUCAGCUGGGCUCGGCAGAGAUGACUGCCGUUCUGUGGGUAAAAGAGGCCAUGCGUGUGGAGCUCAGCCCGAGCAGAGUGGAAGUGACUGUGGGGGAGAGCGUGGUGCUGAGCUGCAAGGCCGCACAUGACAUGUCGCUGGAUGUGGCCUUCCAGUGGUUCUUCAACCAGAAGCCCAUCAACUUUCAACAGCACGGCGGCCACUUCGAAUACAUCCAAACGCAGUCGUCAACAGUGGAUCUGAUGAUAAGGAGCAUUUUGUUGAAGCAUGCUGGGAAGUACGGGUGCCGGGCGCAGACCAGUGCUGGCUUUGUUUUCGCUGAGGCCGAACUCCUCGUUCGAGGCCCUCCUGGACCCCCCGGAGUGGUGAUAGUGGAGGAGAUCACGGACACCACGGCCACGCUGUCGUGGACUCGCGGCCUGGACAACCACAGCCCUAUCAGCACCUAUAAUUUACAGGCCCGCAGCCCCUUUUCAUUAGGCUGGCAAACUGUCAAAACAGACCCAGAACCAGUGACAGGGGACAUGGAGUCAGCCAUGGCGGUGGAGCUCAACCCCUGGGUGGAAUAUGAGUUCAGGGUGGUGGCCAGCAACGCCAUCGGUACCGGGGACCCCAGUGCACCGUCAAGGGGCGUUAGGACAACUGAAGCAGUCCCGUCGGUGGCACCGUCCAACGUUAGCGGAGGAAACGGCCGCAGGCAUGAACUGGUCAUCUCAUGGGAGCCCGUGUCCGAAGAGUUCCAGAACGGCGAGGGCUUUGGGUACAUCGUUGCGUUCCGCGCCAACGGAACCCGAGGCUGGAAGGAGAAGAUGGUGACGUCGGCGGACUCCACGACGUACAAAUACCGAGACGAGACCUUCCCUCCGCUCACCCCGUUUGAAGUGAAGGUCGGCGUGUACAACAACAAGGGAGACGGCCCGUUCAGCACAGUUGUCGUCAUCCACUCCGCCGAGGGCGAGCCGAGGGAAGCACCGUCCGACGUCAAGGCUUACGGCAUUUCUUCAUCGGAAAUCAGGGUCACUUGGAAAGCGCCCAAUCCUGGCCCCGGGAGACCGAGAGGAUAUGAGGUCAGCUACUGGAAAGACAUGGAGCAAGAGGAGUCGGGCACAAAACAAAGGACUGUGAAAAACGAGACGUCCAUGGUCCUGACGGGACUGGAGGACAACAGUCGGUAUCUCGUCACCGUGAAGGGCUUCAACAGCAUCGGCCAGGGUCCUCCCGCUGCAGCAGUCACAGCCAACACCAGGAAAGCCCCUCCUGCUCAGCCUCCAGCCAACCUGGUGUGGAUGCAAGAGGGCAACAACGUGUCCUUAAACUGGGAGCCGGUGAAGGCAAAGGACAACGAGUCGGAUGUCAUCGGGUACAAGGUGUUACUCAAACAGGAGGGAAGAGGCCACGACCAGGUGACAAGAACCAUCAACCCUUCCACCAUGCUCUCGCUGCCCGAGGGAGGCACCUAUAUCAUUGAGGUGCGCGCCCUCAGCGAAGGUGGAGAGGGAGCGGUCAGCUCCCAAGCCCGAGUGGUCACCUCCUCUGGAGUACGAGCAAAAAGCAGCCAGCGCUCGGUGCACUGCGCGCCGCCGGGCCUGACGUGGCCGGCGAUGCUCCUGCUUCUUCUGGUGCCUUCGGCUUCCUGGUGAGGCCACAGUGCCGUCCUCAUUCCCACGGAGGGAGCCACCAGUCUUCAGCUCCCUCAUUCCCUCUGACUGCCUGCUUGCUUUGGCCUUACCCAGCACCAAAGGGCCUCAAGGUCUGCCAAAGGGGGGGGGUUUGCGUCUGCCGUCUCUUCAGAGGUCAUCCAUUCAAGUUCCCUGAUAUUUUAGCGGCCCCCAGGUGUUUGAUUUGCGCAGCUCUUUCCGACGUCGCCACAGUGCUGUACUGUAGUGUACGUUGCGUGGAAAGAUUUGUUUUAAUCAUUUACUUUAACAAGUGCUCCUCUCAUUGACUGGCGUCUAACCACUUCCAGACGACUCCCACAGCUCCGUGGCUCCACAGAGCCUGAACAAUUCCUCGAAAAGCUGCUUUGGUAGUAAUACAGGGAUCAGCCGGCCUGUUUCUUUUCAUUACUUAUCUGCGUCAAUUUGCCCCUUGGCUGCCUAACAAGCAAUGCGGCAGAAGCUCAGUAGAGAUAAGUGCAUUGUUUUCUUAUUCACACAUUGAGGAAAAAGUUUUUUAUGGAACUGAGAAUCUGAAUAUUUCCAGACUUGCUUUUUGUACAUUGUGUUACCUUUAGAGCAAAACAACAACAAAAAAACAGUGGUGUGUGUCAGCUAUGUCAAACUCUGUUUCUUGGUAGUGAUUAAGCAACACUUGGUGAUACAGUUUGUCGACUGUUGGAUGUAAGGAGAUAGGAAACGGGUUCUUAACACAUCGAUAGACAAAGACAACUCUGUACGGACUCUUGGUGUCAGUACAAAUAAAUGUGAUGUAUAUUUUUUAA